CGAAUAUACAAUUCCCUCCAGCGACGACGACAGAUUCUCUUGAACUGUCAUCUCCACUCCUUAUUGUAUCUACUACUUCUUGUCUUCUCCCUUUUGGUCACUUGUCUUUUAAUAUCUUACUCUAAUCGGGUUCUAUUGCCCGCGUGUCGAACCAUGUUCCACGCCUGCAGAAGAGGUCCGGCCUCUCUGUCUCGAGUCGUCCGCGCUGCAUCAACCACUCUUCGCAUCCCAUCAACCAGACCUUCGACCCUCUCGUUAAUAUCCCACGGUGCGGCGAAACCGAGUCUCGAGGCAAGAUGGCUGCACGUGUCGUCGCGGUUGAGGCAGGAAGCUGCUCAGACACAAGCGCAAGACAUAUCAGAGGCGGGCGACCGUGAGAUCACGAAGUUCGAUGAGCUGAUUCAGCACAAUCUUGUGCACCCCAAUGUCGUCAAUGCGAUCACGAGAGGAAUGGGCCAUCAUACAAUGACGAAGGUGCAGACCAUGACUAUCAACCAGGCAUUGAAGGGUGAGGAUAUCAUUGCGCAAGCACGCACUGGUACCGGUAAAACUCUUGGUUUCCUUAUCCCAACCAUCCAGAACAUCCUAAAAAAGAAUCCCGAGCUCGCUGAGAGAAAACGCUAUUCACGGGCCCGACCUUCAGAUAUCCGAGCGAUUAUCAUCUCCCCCACGCGUGAGCUGGCAGAGCAGAUUGCGGUGGAAGCAAAGACCCUGUGUGCCAAUACCGAUUUGAGGGUGCAGGUUGCAGUUGGUGGAAACAGCAAGGCGAGAAUGUUGAGGGAUAUGCAGAUUCAGGGUUGCCAUUUACUUGUCGCCACUCCCGGUCGAUUGAACGAUCUUUUGACGGAUAGAUACAGCAAAGUUUCCGCGCCGGCAUUGACCACGCUUGUUCUGGACGAGGCUGAUAGACUUCUGGAUGAUGGCUUCUCCAGGGAUAUUGAGCAAAUCAUUGAUCUUCUCCCAGACAGGAAUCAGGUAGACAGACAGACUAUGUUGUUCUCAGCUACGAUCCCUAGAGAGGUUAUGCACCUUGUUCGCAGCACACUCAAGCCCGGCUUCCACUUCGUCCAGACGGUUAGCCAAGGCGAGCAAGCUACCCACGAGAAGGUACCUCAGAAGAUCGUUGCGGUUCCUAGCCUGGAGAAUCUGAUGCCUAGUCUACUCGAGUUGGCCAAACGGGAGAUCGCAAAAGCCGAGGAAGCGCAAGCCUCAGGAAAGGAAGCCAAGCCAUUCAAAGCAAUUGUCUACUUGAAUUCAACUGCCAACGUUGAAUUCAACGCCCGUGUCUUUGAUAACCUAAGGGCCGAAAGGGGGAAAAUCUUCGGAAAGCACUUGCUCCAUCCUGCCGAAGUUUCACAAAUCCAUGGCCAACUGACGCAAGCACAACGCACACGGGUCUCUGAACGGUUCCGCCGUGCAAAAUCUGCUAUUCUGUUCUCGACAGAUGUUACGGCACGAGGUAUGGAUUUCCCGAAUGUCACCCACGUCAUCCAGAUCGGUCUUCCUAGAAACAGAGAACAAUACAUCCACCGAGUCGGGCGAACUGGCCGUGCGGACAAGUCCGGUGAAGCCUGGACUCUCAUCCCAGAAUUCGAGCUCCGGGAGGCAAGACAACUUCUCCGUGGUCUACCAAUCAACUCUGAUUCAUCGCUGGAGGCUGCAAAGGUGGACAUGACGCAAGAGGCCCAAUUACCAGCUAGCCUAGCGGAAACCUUAAGCCAAGUAGGCGAUGCAGUGAGAAUGGUGGACCGUGACACGAAGGUUGAUGCCUAUAUGUCGCACCUAGGCAAUAGUGGCCGCAGCUCUAUUCGGGAUUUGGUCCAGACGUUAAACCAGUGGACGAGAUAUGGCUGGGGUUGGCAGGAGCCUCCUCCAAUCGCCCCCGGUGUGGCACGAAAGUUGGGGAUUGAUAGACUGCCGGGCGUUAAAAUAGGGUACCCAGAUCGGUCCAUGGGUGACGAGGCAGAUGAUCUGAAUGGCCCGCGGGUCGAAGACCCGAACCGAUUAAGUAGGAGCUUCGGAAGAGGAGGACGAGGUGGUUUUGGUGAUCGUGAUGGCGGUCGUGGCGGAUUCGGUGAUCGUGAUGGCGGUCGUGGCGGAUUCGGUGAUCGUGAUGGUGGUCGCGGCGGAUUCGGCGGCCGAGGAGGUCGGGAUUUCGGGCGCAGAGAUUUUGGUGACCGAGGUUCUUUCAACGAUCGACGAGGCGGGGGGUCAGGUCGAGGUGACCGAGGCCGAGAUGACGACUUCGUGUCGAGAUUUUAAUGGAGACGUUGACAGAUUCCUUUUUCGCUCUUCACAAAUUGUUCAUGUACAUUAGACGGCCUUGCUUUUGGUAGCUGGUUGGGCGGUCACAUGUUUCCCAUCUCUGUUUGUUUGUUUGUAUAUGGGUGG